CCGGGAGGCGGCGACGGGGCGCCUCGCAGCGCCGUCGAGCGGGUGGCUGGCUGGCUGCGUGCAGGGCGAGUUCGCCGCGGCCGCCCCGACAUGCGCCCUCGCUAGCCCGCCCGCUCGGAGCCUCGGAGGCGGCCAGGCCGCACGGCGGGGCCGGCCAUGGAGAAGGCGGACGGCGGCGAGCCCUUCUCGCACCCCUUGGCGGCCGAGGCGGAGGCGCAGGCCGGCCCGGCGGCGGGCGAGAAGCGCUUCAGGCUGUGGUACGUGGGCUGCUCGUGCCUGGACCGCCGCACCACGCUGCCCAUGCUGCCCUGGCUGGUGGCCGAGAUCCGGCGGCGCAGCCAGAGGCAGGAGCCCAGCGCCGUGCCCGCGCGGGAGGUGCUGCUGCUGCUGGGCGCCUCGCCCAGCCUGCGCUGCGUCCCGGCCGCCGCCGCCGCCGCCGCCGCCCCGGCCGUCUUCAUCUUCGAGCACAAGGCGCAGCACAUCUCGCGCUUCAUCCACAACAGCCACGACCUCACCUACUUCGCCUACCUGAUCAAGGCGCAGCCCGACGACCCCGAGUCCCAGGUGGCCUGCCACGUCUUCAGGGCCAGCGAGCCCAGCCAGGUUCCAGAUGUGAUCAGCAGCAUAAGGCAAGCUUCCAAAGCAGCCCUCAAGGAGGAGGUCAAACCCAAUAAAGACAGUGAAGAUGCCUUCUAUAACUCUCAGAAAUUCGAAGUCCUGUACUGUGGGAAGGUGACCGUGGCUCACAAAAAGGCCCCCUCCACUCUGAUCGAUGACUGCAUAGAGAAGUUCAACCUGCACGAACGCCAGCGCCUGAAACUGUUGAGUGAGCAACGCAGUGCAGAAUCCAGUGCAGAUCUUGCUGAGAACGAUGGUGACACGCCGCCUUCUCCUUUGGACAGUCCCUUUGAGGAGAUGGAUGACGCGAACCCCUCUGGUGGUAGCAACGUUGGGAUGUUUACGAUCGGAAGCCAGACUAACCUGGCAGGCCUGGCUAGCUCCCGUCUCUCGUUCCCCGAACGGAUUUUGGAGGAUUCGGGGUUUGACGAUCAGCAGGAAUUCCGGUCCCGGUGCAGCAGUGUCACUGGCGUUAUGCAAAAGAAGGUGCAUGAUAACACCUUAAAAACGCAGUCACGGAGACGACACGCAAGCGCCCCCAGCCACGUCCAGCCCUCUGAUUCUGAGAAGAACAGGACCAUGCUGUUUCAGGUUGGUCGAUUUGAAAUCAACCUCAUCAGUCCAGACUCUAAAUCUGUUGUGUUUGAGAAGAACUUUAAAGAUAUCUCAUCAUGUUCUCAGGGCAUAAAAAACAUUGAUCACUUUGGUUUUAUAUGUCGUGAAUCUACUGAACCUGGGAUAAAUCAAUAUGUUUGCUAUGUAUUCCAGUGUGCAAACGAAUCAUUGGUUGACGAGGUGAUGCUCACUCUCAAGCAAGCUUUUAGCACUGCUGCAGCCCUCCAGAAUGCCAAGACUCAGAUUAAGCUGUGUGAAGCCUGUCCGAUGCACUCGCUACAUAAGCUCUGCGAAAGGAUUGAAGGUCUUUACCCACCAAGAGCCAAACUUGUGAUUCAGAGACAUUUGUCAUCCCUCAGUGACAAUGAGCAAGCAGACAUCUUUGAACGUGUCCAGAAAAUGAAGCCUGUUACAGACCAGGAAGAAAAUGAGCUUGUGAUCUUGCACCUGCGACAGUUGUGUGAAACAAAACAGAAGACUCACAUGCACAUUGGCGAGGCUCCACUGCAGAAUACCUGCAGCAACUCAGUUCCCGAAAUUGCCGUGAGCGGUGGCAGGUUCAAACUUGAUGUUCUGAAAAACAAGGCCAAGAAAUCCUUGACUAGUUCUCUGGAAAAUAUUUUCUCAAGGGGAGCUAACAGAAUGCGUGGCCGUUUGGGCAGCAUGGACAGCUUUGAUAGGUGCAACAACCUCUCCUCUGACAAAGACUGCUCCUCCGGGGAGUCUCCUCCCCCAACUCCACCAGGUUCGCCGAUAUCUUCAGUUUGGCAGCCGUUUCCCGAAGAGGAUUCUGAUUCGCCGCAGUUCAGAAGACGUGCACACACAUUCAGCCACCCACCGUCCAGCGCAAAGAAAAAAAUCUCUUUCCAAGACGGGCGAUCCCAAAGUGUCAGGUCUCCUGUCCUGAGACAGAACUCUGUGGAACACAGCAGGCCGACAAUUUCCCGACGCGCUCGCAGUGAGAGUGAAUCAUCUGCGACGUCCAGUCUCCCUUCUUCUUUCUCUGCCCCAUCUUUCCUGAAAAGCUUUUACCAGAGCUCAGGAAAACCACCUCCACCAUCUGAACAUGAGCUUCCCAAGAGUAAUGGGGAAAGACGCAAAAGGACGUCCUCUGUCUGCAGCAAUGACUCUAUGAAUGCUGGUGGAAUUGUUCUUACCCCCCGCCGGAUCUCCUGGCGUCAGAGAAUCUUCCUCAGGGUGGCGUCACCCAUGAAGAAAUCGCCCUCAGCAAUGCAAAACCAAGAUGAAGGCGAUGGGAGUGAGUUGUUGCCCCUGUCUCCUCUUGCACCAUCUUUGGAAGAAGAUCCCCUGGCUUCCAUAUUGCAAAACGAGGAUGCCCAAGAUAAAAUGGGGGAGAAGAAGAACUCAGAAGAGUUGCAGAGCCUGUGGAGAAAAGCUAUCCAUCAACAAAUACUGCUGCUUCGGAUGGAGAAAGAGAACCAGAAACUGGAAGCAAGCAGAGAUGAGCUCCAAUCCCGAAAGGUUAAAUUGGACUAUGAGGAAGUGGGCACUUGUCAGAAAGAUGUUAUCAAUGUCUGGGAUAAGAAGCUCUUAAAUUGCAGAGCCAAAAUCAGAUGUGACAUGGAAGAUAUUCAUGCUACUCUGAAAGACGGUGUACCAAAAAGUCGCCGUGGAGAGAUUUGGCAGUUCCUGGCUGUGCAGCAUCGUGUACGACAUCGGCUGACGAAUAAGCAGCAACCCCCUGACAUCUCCUACAAAGAGCUCUUGAAACAGUUGACGACUCAGCAGCAUGCCAUCCUCGUAGAUCUAGGAAGGACCUUCCCGACACACCCUUAUUUCUCUACUCAGUUGGGAGCAGGGCAGCUGUCCCUCUUCAAUCUUCUGAAAGCUUAUUCCUUGCUGGACAAGGAGGUGGGCUAUUGCCAAGGCAUCAGCUUUGUGGCUGGAGUGCUGCUUCUGCACAUGAGCGAAGAGCAAGCUUUCGAAAUGUUGAAAUUCCUCAUGUAUGACCUUGGCUUCCGGAAGCAGUACAGGCCUGACAUGAUGUCGCUACAGAUCCAGAUGUACCAGCUGUCCAGGCUUCUCCAUGACUACCACAGGGAUCUCUACAACCACCUUGAAGAGAACGAAAUCAGCCCCUGCCUUUAUGCUGCACCUUGGUUUCUCACCUUACUGGCUUCACAGUUUCCCCUGGGAUUUGUAGCCAGAGUAUUUGAUAUUAUUUUUCUUCAGGGAACAGAAGUUAUAUUUAAAGUAGCACUCAGCCUGCUUAGCAGCCAAGAGACACAAAUCAUGAUGUGUGAAACUUUUGAGAACAUAGUGGAGUUUCUGAAGAACACUCUUCCGGAUAUGACGAAGCCCCAGAUGGAGAAGAUUAUCACACAGGUAUUUGAGAUGGAUAUUUCUAAACAGCUUCAUGCCUAUGAGGUAGAGUACCACGUUCUGCAGGACGAACUUCAGGAUGACUCGAACCCGUGCGACGAUGGCGAGGCUCCGGAGAAACUUGAAAGGGUGAACAGUCAGCUCAAGAAACAGAAUAUGGAGCUCUUGGAGAAACUGCAGGCAGCUCAUGCUAGGCUCCAGAGCGUGGAAUUGAAUUUGGAAGACGUCUUGGCGAGAGAGAGCAAAAUGAAGAGCCUGAUUGUGUCACUGGAACAAGAGAAGGGGGUUUACCGAAAGACUAUUGAGAAGAUGUGUCAGUACCUGUCUGCCGAGGCAUUGUCGGCCUGUGAGCAGCUGCUGAAGGAGGCAGACUGUAAACCAAACAUAAUCUAGAAAAAAGCCAUAAACCAAGAGCCGCAGGCAACCCCAUUUCUGACAAUAAAGGAAAGGGACAGACCAGCUGAUGUAAAGAAUAUCUGCUCCACCUUACACGGGUACCGGGAUUCUUAGAGCACGAAGAGAGGCCUUUUCAACAUUGAUAUGCAAAUCCCAGGUUAAAUGUUUUUCAUAAUGUGUGUACAUAAACUGCAAUGCAAAAAAAAUAGAGGAGGGGGGAGGUAAAAUCUAAUGAAGACAAUUAGAUUAUAUAUAUUUAGGAUUGAUCUACAGGUGGUGUGUGUGUGGCAGGGUGGGGGGUGAAAUUUCACUAAUGGAGAUCACUGAUAACUUUAAAAAUGUCAACCUCGGUAUGUUUUCUUGACAUGUAGUAAAAGGAACACUGUUGUGUCUUUCUGUACAUUAAUUAAUACUUGAAAAAGAAACAAGAAUGUAAUUUUUUUCCCCUCCAAAGAAAAGCAUGUUUCUCAUCGUAAUGGGGAAUUUCUUUUGUAGAGGCAAUGAUGGGUGGCGAGGAGAGAGGGGAAAUGAGGAAAAUCUCGACAAGCUCUCAUGUGCCUGUAAUGAAUUCUACUGACAACUGUGUGUAUGUAACAAUAAUCCCCACCGGCUGCCCAGAGAUGACUUUGCUACUGAGAAUUGCCAGUGCCAAGGGGAUUUUGCAGCAUGCCGAAGUAGCCUGGCCUUCUUUUUCCAGCUGUGUCUCCCAAAGUUGAGGAGGGAGAAGAUAAAGGUCGGAAGUACCUCUUUUCGGCUCCUGACCCCUUACUCCACGAAGAGCUAAAAUGGCAGCAGUCUCACCAAGAUGCUGAAACUGCUGACCCGUAUCAUCCCAGACUGUCAGUGGGAGAGGAAAUGCCGAAGCGCGCGUGCAACUAACCUGUCGGGAAGAAGGCGCUAGGUUUUUGUAUGUGCAAGCCUUGUUCAUAGAGAGAACGUUCAAAUGUUUCAUCUCCCACCUACAGCCUGACGUGGUACAGCCCAGCAGUGGGUUCCUUGCAUGGGGUUUCUCCUCAUCCAUUUUUAGCACUUGAGGAGCGGAAGAUUUGGUGUACUUUUGAGUGCAAAUGGUUUGUCCUGCAAUUGCGCAUGUGCCGUUAUUACAGGAUUUCAAGGAGCCAAAGGAAUCUUGUAAGACGCUUCGUUGUUUUCUUGUGUUUCAAGGACCGUUGGGAUCAGUGAUCCUUCCGACGUUCCUCUUUGUUGGAACUAGAGCACUGGAUAAAAUUGAAAUCGUUUUAAGAGUUCCUUAAAUAUGUAAGUUCACAACACAGCAAAGAUGCACUCGCCCCAGAGAAGCACGUAGGCUUUAGUUGUGUUAACUCUCCAGGGAGGCUGUAAUCUAGAUCUAGUGGUUGAUACAUUUCAGCUGAAAAUAUUUGCUCUGUAGCACACUUUCUUUCCUUUACUCUUUUUUUUUUAAAAAAAGAAGGCUGUAGAUACCGUUUGAUGCUCUUCAGACAGCUUCUGCCUUUAGCUGCUGCUCUGCGUUAUUUUGAUGCUGGGAGAGGGUUCUCUUCUGCCAGAUGCCGGAGUAAAAAAAAUAGACGAUAUAUAGGGAAUGACAAAGCUAUGAAAAUAGCUGUCAGUCAUACACAGGAAAUGUGCAUUUUGGAAAAUGCUUGAAUUAUUGUGAGGUUCAGUAGGGAUUUAUUAUUUGUCACAUUGUUUUUAAUAAUAAGAAAAGUGCCAAAUUCUGCCAAGUUGUCUUACUCACAGCAGGUGUGUGUGUGUAUGUGUGUAUGUGGAGGGUGCCAGGGCUUUCUGUGUAACAUGCAUUAUGCAAGCGACAAGCAAAAUGGGGUGGGUGUGUGUGUGUGUGUGUGUUAGAAAGUUAUGUUGCUUUUUUUGUGUGUGCUUCAGCAUCUGUCCUCUUCUAGUACUGAUGUGAUUUUCAUGGUUACUGUCCAGCAGGAAAAAACGGAAAUUCUAGGCGUUGAUGUAUUAAUUUUUGUCUUGCAAGAGAAAAAUUGGACAGAUUGUACCCAGUAUUCUUUACAUGCCAUUAGUUAUUGCCUCUUACUGAGUGACUAAAUUCACACGGGAUUAGGUGGCAUUGCAAUAAUACUGUGUUUCACCAGUUCAAGGGAGAGGAGAAGCCAUUUGAGCUAAUUUGGUGCAUACGGAAUCAAGUCCCAGAGAACCGUGGAACUGUAUACAGCAACAAUCGAGCUGUCCAGACACACCUUGCACUUCUUUUUGAAUUUCUUUGAAAGGCACAAAACAUUUUACUCUGUGUUGGACUUCUGUUGACUUUUGAGUUGUUCAUUCAUCACCUGGGACAUUUCCAAUAAAUGUCAUUGCUGCAA